AUGAACGAGUCAGAAGAUCAAAUCCCACGGACAACUACUCGCCUCUUUGUCAUCAACACUGCAUCUCGUGUUGUUAUUGGUGUGGUGCGAAGCAGCUGGGAUGACUACCCAAUGCUACUAGAAAUACCUUCCAACACUACUAGUAUGACGGUUUGGGAGCUAAUACAAACGCGCCUUGCCAUUAGUACAGGCGCCGAAACGGUAACAUUGUACAACGGAUCUGAAGACGUUCGCUACAUGUUUUAUGACCAUGUUGCCAUGGAAAAGAUGCCGAGUUUUCCAACAGUCUUCUUUCUCACACUCAAUCCUGCCACCAAACGUGUUUGGCAGACCGAUUGGACCAAUCUAAACACUACCGCUCUCUGGAAGCUUCAACUCAGCCGAUGUCAGCACCUUGUUGAUACAGCCAAAUUCUGUAAAUUCCUCACGGUGCAAUGCCUUCAUGUUGCCGAGGGCAUCCUGCAUAUGCUUAUUGGUUGCGCUGCAGGUCGCACCCCACCAAGUAUAUUUACUUUCAAUGGUCUAUUUAAUUAUCUAGAUCAGCUGUUCGACGAGAUCAAUCAAAUGCCCGGUGACAGUGAUAUGUUAUCAGGCCUUCGUCAACGUCUGGAUCUUGUAUAUUUUGCAUGUUGCAGCGAGUUUCCCGGAUCUAUUGACAUCCGCCGCUCGUUCGCCGACUACAUCGACUAUGGACAAAUUGACGUCUCGCAAUGCGAGAGGAAGUACGGCUUCCGAUACGAGACAUUACCACUCUCAGUACAGUGGGAUGUCAAAUAUCUCCUUAUAUAUGACCAAACCCUCAUCGAGGCCGACCCCAUCUUGGAUGACGAGAGUUUGACGAGCUCUGAGGAAGGAUACUCUUCACCAUCUGACAUUGAUCUGCGAAUACCAGAUAUUCCAAUGGACUCACCGACAUUCUCACCUAUCGGAAGCGCACGGAGUCCUCACCAGUUCCGUGGAUUGUCCAGCACCAAUAAAUCUAACGAAACACACGGCUCUUCGAAGACCACAGGAAACAAAUCCUCUAACAGAGACGAGGAAAGGUCGAAACACGCGCACGGAUCUUCAAAGAAUUUGCAUUUUCAUGGCUCUUCCAAUCAUGAUAAUGUUUCCAGCGAUAUCUACAGCCGGUUUGACAGCAAAGUCCUACACCCAAAAUUGAUUUUCGAUUCUCGUGAUCAGCAUCAGCGGAAUAAACCGCGCUCCCGAGAGCUACAGAGUGAAGCUGUCCCUAUGGAAGGUCCGGUUGCAGGCCCCUCCGCAAUUGGGAAAAUCUGUGAGCUAUCGCUAUUUUUUCGCCUCGAAAAGCCAAUAAUACCCACAGAUACAGCCACGGGAUUUCAAGAACCGUUGCGUUCUCCAGAAACAGUCUCACACAGGAAGGUUCAAGCACGUGGCGGCUACAGAGUUCAGCUGAAUGAAUUUUGUCAAAGGGUAUACGGAAAUAGCAAUUUCAGAGUCGAAUAUAAGGACUCUGGAUUUAGAGACGGACCUGUGAUGGUCUGGCGGAGUGGCUGCAACAUUGCGCCAUUCAACCAUUAUGUCGGCUAUAGUGAGGAGGGGUUCAAGAACAAGUCAGAUUCUCGCGAAGACGCUGCCCGUCGUAUGCUUUACCAAUUCGCGUUUUCAAAUAAUUAUCAACUGUCUGAUUGA